CCGGGCAGCUCGACGGCCAGCACACUCCAGGAUGACACUGGACUGAGACACAGCACGGCGUCGUCAUCAGUUUGUUAAAGUAUCAGCUGCAACCAUGCCUAUUCUGAAGAAGCUCCCAGGAAGGUCCAAGAGCUGCCACGAGUUCCCCAGAGUGAACGGUGAACUGAUUCUGCCCCGGCUGGACUUGGACCUCCGGGACCUGAAUGAUCUCAAUGACCUGAAGGAGCUGAAAGACCUGAAGGAUCUGAACAGGAACCUGAACCCCUUUGAGGACGUGGACCUGGAUGAGGAUGAGAGAAACGGAGGUGACACGGGCCUCAUCAUGGGGGAGGUCAGGGGCAACCUCCAGCUCAGGUCUUCCCGUGACGGAGAAGAGGAGGAAAACGAGGUGAACGCAGAGAGACACGGGGCGGGAAACCCGAAAGGGAAACCGCUCAGAGGGACCCUGGAGCGGAUCUGUGGAGUGUCGCCCCUCAAAACCCUCGGAAAACUGGGGAAGGGGCUCCGCAUAUCGGGACGCAACGUGUGGGGGAACCACUCUCCACAUUACAACCCCGGAGACUCAAACACACUCCCAGCAGAGAGGGAGAAAAGGAAAGGACUACGCAGGAGCUCGGAGGGAAUUAUGACCCUGCUCCGCUUCACAGGUCGACGUAAGGAGGAGCGCAGAGAGAGCCUGCCCUGUGGAGACCUGAGCGCAGACAGCGAGGCGGAGGCUUCCAGACGGUCGUCCUUCCUCAGGAUGGUCAGUCUGGGCAAACUGAAGAGAGACUCCAUGUCAGACAAGGCGUCCCAAGAGACCGAAGAGGAAGCGGUGGAGGAGGACCCCGUGGUCAAAAAGAGAGAGCCCCUCUCAGUUCUGGAGAUCCUACAGUUGGUCAACCACAGGGACCUUCUCCUGGCCGACACACACAUCCAGGAGCUGGAGCGGGAGUGUGAGCUGCUGUCUCUCCUGCCAACCACAGCUUCUCCCACCCUCACUCCUACGCUGUGUCACAGCCCUUCACUCGGCAUGAUCUCUUCAUCCUCCUCCUUCGAUGAGUCCCUCAGCUCCAAUGUAACUCUGGACUCGAGCCGGAGGAAGGCUAAGGAUGUGGAGCUGCUGUAUGAAGCCCUGCAGAAGGAGAUGUGGGAUGUAGUGCGGGAGUCCCUUCGCCAGCCCAGCGCUGGCCCCAACCUUGGUCUGGUGGUGCUGGUCAUCCAACAGGAAGAGCAUGCUGAUGCUACCUGGGCCCUGAGAGAGGAGACCAAGCCAGAGAGAGAAGUCCUCCACAUUCAGCCAAACCAUCGUCCCAGGCGACUGAAGAUGAAGUGGAGGCUGGCGGUGGCGGAGGCCGCGGACUGGAGCCUGCCCCAUCAGGUGGACACCCAGGCGGGCCAGCUGGCUUCAUACCUGGAGCGCCUGAGGAGUCGGAUGGUGGAUGACCUGGAUGCAGCAAAGAGGAACGCUGUGUCCAUUUACCCAGAGGAGUUUACUGCCUUCCAGGUUUAUGUGGAAAGUUACCAUCAAGCUGUGGCCAAACGUCUCCGAACCAUCACCAGUGGCCCGCUGCAGAUCACUGACGUCUACUCACUACUGGACUGGUUCUACAACAUCUACAACAGGGAUGUUCUAGGAACCAUUGGCACCAUGACCCCCAUCAACUACAACACCCUGGAUCCCAUUCUCGCUCAAGACACGGUGGACCGGCUGGAACAAGACUGCAUCAGUAUAGUCAGGGAUAAGGUGACAACAGAGCUGAUCCAGGUUCUGGAUGAAGAAGAGAGGCGAUGGGCCCAGACCCUGCACAUAGAGGAGUAUCAGUCACACCUGGCACGCUCAGUCAUCCAGAGACUGAAGGUGGACUUGGACAGAUCCACAUCUGUGAACCAGUUUCUAGGAGCAAGAGUGGCUCGCUGUAGCAUCAUUGGAUUGGCUGAUUUUCUUUACAGCUUCCAGAGGAAGGUGGAGAUGUUUCAUGAUACUCAGGCAGAAUUUGGAGACCGAGGGGACGGAUAUGUUUCCAGGACCAUCGCUCUGGUCAACUGCUGCCCUCCUCUCAGAUCCUUUGUGGAGCGCUGCAGGCAGUGUGACCCACAGGGCAGCGAGGAGUCAGCACAACGAGCCGACUCCUCGUUGGACAGGAUCACGAACCAGUCAGUGAGGGUUCUGACGGACAGACUGUUUGAGCACAUCAGGCCUUUCUUCGACAAACUGAUCAAGAGAAAGUGGUUGAACAACACUGAGGCCUUCGAGGCGAUUGAAGCCAGCAUUAAACAACACUUCAAGAAGUUCAGAAGGAUGGACUCUCCACCGUAUCAGACGCUGGUGGGUGAGGUGCACCGACGGGUCCUGGUGGAGUACGUCCGAGCCAUCAUGCGGGGACGCGUCAUCUGCACGUCCUCUAAGAUGAGGAAGAGGAUGGCUUUCCGUCUGCAAGAUGAGGCCAAGCAGCUGAAAGGACUCUUCAAAGAUCUGGAAUCAAGCUCAUCCUGGUUGGACAGCAUCAUCUGCCACUUAGCUGACAUCAUCCUGCUGGAGGACACGCCCUCCAUCCAAAUGGAGGUGGCUGUCCUGGUGAAAGAGUUUCCAGAUAUACGGAAGAAACACGUCUCCACCCUGCUGAACGUACGAGGGAUGAUGCGGCAGGCGGAGCGGCAGGAGAUCCUCAACAUCGUUAAAGACUUUGAGUGCAGCAGUGCCCUCAUGUGCCGCGACCACGCCCUCUUCUCCGACAUCCCCAUCACCUCAGAGAUGCACUGCAUCAGCCUGGGCUUCCUCCGCCUCGCCAUGACCGUCUCCAACUGGUUCUCAGAGCAGCGGCUGAGGCGAAACCGCCGGGCAAAUGCCAGAAAUGCAAAGUGUCAACCUGCUGAGAAUGUGGAAGACACAAAUAAAUGUCACAGAGAAGGCUAGCCGUCGUUAGGAGAGCAGUCACAGACGUACUGUGAAGAUUGUAAUGAGAUGUACAUGCACCUUGACCAAAAACUGAUUGUACCAAAUGUUUGUAACAGCCACUUAAAGAAACUUGACCUCAGGUACUGCUCGUACUGUACAUGCUCACUGACAUUUCUCCAUCUCCAUGUGUGCAUUUUAUUGGAAAUGUGAAACAGACCAUGUGUUGUCAUAGCUCACCAUGAUUUAUCGUAUGUUAAAGUUGACCUACACAUCUACAGGACUAAACCAGCAGCAUAAGAUAUCAUCAAAAUGUAACGUGUUCAGUAUGUUUUAGCCUUUUAUUCCUUCACAUCAUUGCAGGAGCAACAGCUAGCAAAUGCAAAGCAAUAUGAUCUAUAAUGUUUGCUGUUCAACCUAUAUUUACUCAAUUAUAUAUAUGCCCAUUCUCUGGUAUAUAGAGCAUAUGUACAGCACUGUGCAAACGUUACAGGCACUUUAGAUGUUUAGAUUUGAAUCCACCACACAAUACCAUCAGGGAGGCGUCUGAUUGGCCCCAGAUUCAUUCUUCAGCAGAGUCAUAAGGAGGUAUCUGCUGCCGUAAGAAGAACAAGGAGUCCUGCAGCAGAUGGUCUGACCUCCACAGAGCUCUGAUGUGGACGUCAUGGAGUCACUCUGAAAUCACAUGAAGAGACGGAGACAGCCUGAAUCCACAGAACAGCUACUGAUAGUUCUUCAAGAUACUUGGAAAAACAACAUUCGUGUGCAAGUGUACUGAUGACAAGUGGUGCUCUUUUAAAGACAAACUGUAUGUUUUUUUUGUCUUCACUGCACUUUGUAUGGAGUUAGCCGAUAUAUAAAAUCUAUUACUUGCAUCAUUUUUGAAAGCAUCCUCACUUUACUUUCAGUGCCUAAAACCUUUGCACAGUCCUGCCUGUGAGGAGUGUAUGGAAACGUAAACGUGUUGAACUGUCACUGUGAAAGAAAUGGAUCUGUUGCUGGAAACACAAUAAAACCCAUUGACUGGGUAGACUAAACAGA